CCGGUGCUGUCGUAUGGUAUCAUCUUAGGGCUGAUGAGAUGGUUGUCUUGAGUGCCCUGCGGUCGUGUGUGAGUGAGAGACCAAUCAGUCGGUGUGGGGGUGACCUGUGGUCUGCGACGUGUAAGCCGUGACCACUCCUCUAUUGGAUUGCCAUAGAGUGGGGAAUGUGUGGGGAAUGCGCACAAAAACCAAUGUAUUGGUGAUAGUGAUAGAGUAAUACCAGUGCAGACACACAACUGCAAUGACUGUACUGGCAAUGCAUUCGGUCAUUGAUAGCUGUUGUGGAGCCAACUCACCAACACAUCCAAUGCUACGGUAAUGCACUGUCACUCUCACCAACAAUACUACCAGUACUACCAGCUCUGCUCCCAAUGUGUGCUCAAAAUGUUAUUUUAGGGACACUUAUCGUACCCAAAGUUAUAUCACUAUAUUAUGUUGUGUUCAAUGCAUUUCGUAAUCAAAUGACGAGUUUAUUAAACUUAACACAACUUUAAGGCCUACUUUUUUCAGCUAAAAACUUACCACAAAUUUUUAAGUGCGACCCAACUUUACACCAACUUUGGAGACAACUAAAAGGCAAGGGAUAACUGUUUAUUGAUAUACCGUUUCAAACUACAACAUAUCAUCCAAUUAACUACAAAAAUUACACUUCAAGUCUCAACACAUUCAACACCAAAAGUGAGACCCAAUGUGAAGCAUAUACAGCAAACCAGUGCUUUAACUUUAACACAACUGGACCACUGGACACGAGACCAUCGUAACAGUGCCGAAACAGUGACUGUCUGGACACCGGUCACAACAAUGUCUCGCCGAAAACAGGAGAAGCCUCAGCCCCGUAAACGACUAGUCAAUUCUCUCGAGGAGACAUCACUGUCGACGCCAAUGAGUAUUACAGCGAACAUCGAUGGCACACAAGAAGACUGUGCAACGCGUGACCAACAAAAAGAUCACCAGUUGUUAUGUCAGGAUAUUCUUGUUUGUGGUAUUUGUCAGCGAGAGUUUGCAUUACAAGAUAUAUUGAAGUUUAUAUCACAUAAAGUGAACUCUUGUAGUAAUAAAGAAAAUUGUAGAUUAAAUGCUUUCAACAAUACCAGUGAUGAUGACUUGGAUGAUAUGGACAAUGAGUUACCAGUUGAUGGUGAAGACAACAACAAUGAGACGGACAAUAACGGUGUAAAUGAGUCGUCUGUUGUGAAAAAACAACAAACAACUAGUAUUAUAAACAACACUCAAAGAAAUAAAUUAAUUAAUUUAAGACAUAAUCGAUAUCACAAUCAUCGUAGUCAACAAAGUCUGUCCAAUUGUGACACCAAUUCAAGUCCAACACAACGUGCAAAUACCGGUGAAAAGCCAACUGUUGCCGACAAACAAACAUAUACUAUAAAUUCAGAGCCUAUAAGUCAUAUGUGUAGUACAUGUAAGCAAGUGUUUACUUCUUCAUGGCUUCUCAUACAACACGUGCAGAACCUUCACGGCCUCAAGAUUUAUGUCGAUAUAUUUAAUAGCGAACCGUCGAUAUUACCGCCUAUUGAUGGUCACCACUUGCGCCCUCACUCUCGCUCUCAUUCUCACUCUCAGAGUAACAAUAAAUCUUUGAGUGGGUCGGGUAGUGGCCAUUCAACCGGUCAUUCAACCGGUUACUCAACCGGUCACUUAACCGGUCACUCAACGAGUCAUUCAACGGGUCAAUCAAUGGUCAAUAAUACGUUGAAUCACUCGGCGCUAAAUCUGUUGCGAAUGCCUUUAAGUGAACGUCAAUUCCCGGUCCAAUCAUUUAUAGCCGCUGCGGCCGCGGCUGCUGUUGGUCGCAGUAGUGGGUCAUCUACUAGUCAUUCAGAGAUAUUUGGUGGAUCUAAUGUCUCGUCAACAUUGAAUCAUUCGGUUAGCGGCAUGUUUUCCGAUACCCAUAAUUUGUUUACUAAUAGUGCACCUCCCGACUCGACAUCGACGGCCAAGGGUUCGCCUGGAAGUUCGGGUCGACACCAAACCAAUACCAGUCUCGCAUUACCGCCUCCGCCGUCUCUUUCGUUUGAUACACAUUUAGAUUUUUAUUCGCAGCGAUUGCGUCAAUUGGCCGGAGCCACGAGUCCAGCGAGCGGUACUAACAUAAUAUCACCGGCAAGAAAGUUGACGCCUCCUUUCAAUUUGCAAAUGUCUUCCUCUAAUACGAAAACCUCGCCAACUGUAUCAAUGACCACAUCGAUAGCCUCGCUAUCCGAAAGGUCAGGCACUCCGACAGCAUUACUGCAACCCUCGAGUCCUAAAUCCAAGUCCUGUGAAUUUUGUGGCAAAUCGUUUCGGUUUAUGAGUAAUCUUAUUGUUCACAGGCGUUCCCAUACGGGAGAGAAGCCCUUCAAAUGUCAUAUUUGUAACCACGCGUGCACUCAAGCGUCCAAAUUGAAGAGGCAUAUGAAGACACAUCUUAGAGAACGCAAUAAUAUAACCAUCAGUGGUCUCAACUUAACUAACUCUCACAGCAAUUGUUUGGACAAUAAUACCGAUUCUGUCAACUCGGCGCCCGAUUCGUCCACUCCUUCCUCAAAGCAUAACUCAAGUCUUCCAACAACUACCACAACAAAUGGUGUGGAUUUAGACUUAAUGGACGAAGACGAUGAUAUUGAUGAAGAAGAAGAAGUCGAAGAUGAAGAUGAGGAAGUAGAUGAAGAGGGUGUUGAAGGAGAAGAACCGGAAAAUGGUGAGACGUCUCGUUCAUCUAGCCUUGAGAUGGUCGCUGAAGACUUGUCCCGAACUACUCGGACACCGAACGAGAAGUCAAAUAAAAACGACAGUCCUUUAAAUGCAAACAAUCGUACUUCAAAUGCAGUGCAAUCAUUAUUGGGUGAAGUCAUGGAAAAAAUAGGCUUAACAGACAUCCAACAGUACAACGAGGCCUACAAACAGGCACUCGAGGAAAGUGUGAAGAAUGCGGUCACUUCUGGUGGUUCACUCAAACAGGAGAGACCCUCUUCUUCAUCGAGUCAUUUGUCUUCAACUGAACACAAUCACAAUACCAGUGCUCUGAAUAUCAAUAAUAUAUUAAAGCACUCGAAGUCUCAUUCGUCACCUUUUUCUCAUUCACAUCACUCACCCCACCAUUUAUCUCAUUCGGCUACCAGUCCUCACCGUCAGUCCUUUAAUGAAAUAGUGGCCGGAAUCGGGAAUUCAAAUACUUCUUCUGUGAAUUCCGCCAACAGUUUAUUGAGUGCCUUUGAUCAUCACAACCCUUUUGAUCCAAAACGUCUCAAAUUAGACUUCAAUGCGGCGUCCGAUCAGAGAGACCCACUUUAUGCCGGUCUUUGGCUGCCAUCAGUGGCCGCCAAUCCAUUUACAGCCUCUUUUGCUCAUCACUUAUCAUCCGCCGCUACAGACUCAGUGGCGGCUGAAUUGGUCCGAAACAAAGUAGUGGACAGCAGUGCCUUUAGUAAGAAUUCAUCGUCGACUUCGAGCGGUAGUCCCCGUCCCGGGCCUUCCAGUUCUAUACGAAAUCUACAGACACCUCCAUCUCAAUUAAUGCAUAGCAAUAGCAAUACAUCGCCGACGGCCAACAAUUUACGUGCGGCCAGUACACCACCGAGUAGUGAGCGACGCAAAGAGCAUCACCACCGAAGCCGUAACGACACGUGCGAGUACUGCGGCAAAGUGUUCAAGAAUUGCUCUAAUCUUACGGUUCACAGGCGGUCACAUACGGGAGAGAAGCCCUAUAAGUGUGAGUUGUGUUCAUAUGCUUGCGCCCAGAGCUCUAAACUAACCCGACAUAUGAAAACUCACGGCCGACUCGGCAAAGAUGUCUACAAAUGCCGGUUCUGUGAAAUGCCGUUUUCGGUGCCGUCGACUUUGGAAAAGCAUAUGAGAAAGUGUGUCGUCAACCAAAAUAGUAACUCCGGUCUCACCAUCGGUGUCAACAGUGAACUGGCACUCAUGGCUCUACACCACUCGUUAUCUAACACCAGCACCGGUAGCAAUGAUAAAGACUCGGACUCGUAAUUAUUAUUCCUAACAUUUUAUAAAUUAAUAUAAAUAUAAAAUAUUAU